CAAACCAGUAGAUGGCAGUAAUGCACCACGCGUUCCGCCUUCAGUUACAGUAGAGUAAGAUCUGCACGGGCAGUAUGGCAGCGUCCAGUAAGAAAUGACUCCCCUUUAACAGACGGAUCAAGCUUUCUGAGCUUCUAACAUCAGUUUAUGUUUGUACUUGUUUUCGUGCAUCUGGUGUGAAAUGUGGACAUUACAUUGAUGCUUUAAAAACCCAUCUGAAAACACAAUGUCAGUCGGAAAGGCAGCUGUGAAGGUGGUGCGUUUAGGGAGGAUGUCCUACCGCAGUGCCUUGAAGCUCCAGCAGCAGCACAUAAAGCAGCAUCUGGAUUCGUGCAGCAGCAGCCCAAACACUUUAUUACUGUGUGAACACGAGCCUGUGUACACCAUCGGCAUCAGACAGGCUCCUUACCCUCCUGAGGAGGAGCAGAGACUCAAAGCGCUGGGCGCAGACUUCUUCCGUUCAAACCGAGGAGGUCUGAUAACGUUUCACGGUCCUGGUCAGCUGGUGUGUUAUCCCGUCCUCAACCUGGCCUGCUUUAAGAAGAGUGUGAGAUGGUAUGUGUGUGAACUGGAAAGGAUGGUGAUCAAGAUGUGCAGUCAAUUUGGGAUCGAGGCCUCCACUUCUCCAGAUACAGGUGUCUGGGUGGGCAACAACAAAAUCUGUGCAAUUGGUAUUCAUUGUAGAAGAUACAUCACCUCCCAUGGACUGGCUCUUAACUGCAACACAGACAUGAGUUGGUUUGACAACAUUGUGCCAUGUGGGAUUGUGGGUAAAGGUGUGACAUCACUGAGCCGAGAGCUGGGGCGGGACGUCCCAACUGAGGAAGCCAUACCAAAACUGCUGGAAGCCUUUACUGAACAAUUUAACUGCACUUUAACAUAUAAUUAAUUCAUGUAUACAUAAUGUCAAGUGUUUGAA